AUGACCAUCUCGAUUCCCACAAUAGUCCCGCAGCCACCACGCACACCCACACCUCCUCCCCUCAACGAUGAGUCCUCCUACGGUCCUGGUCCCAUAGAUCACGACCACCGUCAACAUCACCACGUCCCCACGUUCGACCCGAGAUCCCUGUCGCCUCACGGUCACGACGCGAUGGACUCCGCGCGCACACAGUACUUUACACCCGCGUCGCCUGAGAAGCGAGAUACGACAGGCGCUGUAGAUCCGCAGCCGUUCAAUUUCCAGCCUGCGACGCUGGCGAAGGAGGGAGUCAGCGUAGGUGUGAAAUCGAACAUCGGCCAACGCCGCGGCCACAAAUACAAGCACUCCUCCGUCUCCCACGCCAUCUUCCUCGAACCACCACCGCGCGCCCCGCUCUCCCUCCCAAACUCCCUCCCAAUCCCAACCUUCACCGAACUCCGCGCCAGCCUAACCUCCGACCAAAAGCUCCGCUUCUACUGGUCCCUCUGCCACAUGUUCGUCGCCGGCUACACGGCCUGGAACACGCACGGCAGCGCCGGCAUGCAAGCUUUGUCCCAUCUGAUCUUCUAUGAUUCUUUGGGUGCGCUGCUGGUAGUCGGCGUAGAAGUCUACGCAAACUUCGAAGUCUGGUCCCGCAGCUCGAUCCGCCAUCCCUUCGGCUUGCAACGGAUGGAAGUCAUCGCCGGCUUCGCCCUUUCCGUGUUGUUGAUAUUCUUCGGAUUCGACUUGAUCAGCCAUAACGCGAAGCACGCCCUCGAAGGGGUUGGAAGCCAUAAACCACACCAUCCGCACAAACACGAGAAGAUUGCGAGCGGGACGGUGGAUUUCACGGCUGCGAUCGUGUUGGCCAGCACGCUGGUGAGUGCGGUUGGACUGAAAAACCAUGCGAGAAUUGGGAAGGCGAUGCGGUUUGCCGCGAUGGAUGAGCUAGAGUGGCUGGCGCCGACGCUACGGAACCCGAGCCAUUUCCUUACGAUAAGCUGUAGUGCGAUCUUGUUGUUGCUGCCGCUGUUGGAGCUGCAUGUGUAUGAGUGGAUCGACAAGUUGCUUAGCCUGACUAUUGCGGUCGCGAUGCUGGUGCUGGGCGUCCACUUGGGGAAGAAUGUUGGGUCGAUGUUGCUCAUGUCCUACCCGGGGACGGGGGUUGCGGAGGUGAUCAAGAGCAUUGAGGCUGACCCUGCGGUGAGGGGGGUCGAGCAGGCGAAAUUCUGGCAGGCGCAUUAUGGUGUUGGGAUGGCGAAUCUGCGGCUGCGGGUGACUGGGACGGAGGAGAGUUUGUUAAAGUUGAGGGAGCGGAUUGCUAGUUUGGUGCGGAAUCGGCUGUCUGGCGGAUAUGGGCGUGGUGGGCAGCGGUGGGAGGUGAGCGUGCAGUUCAAAGUUGAGGCUGCGUCGCAGGGUGUGAGUUAUGGGCAUUAUCUGCCAGUUCAUACCUCGUAG